UCCCUCUGCCCCGUACCCGGAGGGACCAUGGCGAGGCUCAGCUGGGGCUACGCCGAACACAACGGUCCUGUUCAUUGGAAUAAAUUUUUUCCUAUUGCUGAUGGUGAUCAGCAAUCUCCAAUUGAGAUUAAAACCAAAGAGGCGAAAUAUGACUCUUCCCUCCGACCCCUUAGCAUCAAGUAUGACCCAAGCUCAGCUAAAAUCAUCAGCAACAGCGGCCAUUCAUUCAACGUGGACUUUGAUGACACAGAGGACAAGUCAGUUCUGCGUGGGGGCCCUCUCACUGGAAGCUACAGGUUACGACAAUUCCACCUUCACUGGGGGUGCGCCGAUGACCAUGGCUCCGAGCACGUGGUGGACGGAGUGAGAUACGCCGCAGAGCUCCAUGUUGUCCAUUGGAAUUCAGGCAAAUACCCCAGCUUUGUCGAGGCAGCUCAUGAGCGAGACGGACUAGCUGUCUUGGGAGUAUUUUUACAGAUUGGUGAACAUAAUUCCCAACUGCAAAAGAUUACUGACAUUUUGGAUUCCAUUAAAGAAAAGGGUAAACAAACUCGAUUCACAAAUUUUGACCCAUUAUCUCUGCUUCCACCAUCCUGGGACUACUGGACAUAUCCUGGUUCUCUUACGGUUCCACCUCUUCUCGAGAGUGUCACAUGGAUUAUUUUAAAACAACCUAUAAACAUCAGCUCUCAACAGCUGGCCAAAUUCCGCAGUCUCUUGUGUACAGCGGAAGGGGAGGCGGCGGCUUUUUUGUUGAGCAAUCACCGACCACCACAGCCCCUGAAGGACCGCAAAGUGAGAGCCUCUUUCCGUUAAAAGUUGUCACCAGCGGACCACCCCCAACAUGACUGUGGAGAGCCAACGAAACAAAACAAAAGACAAAAAUCCCUGCUCAUAGUUUGCUUCCUAGAAUUUGAACUUACGGGUACCGUUUUACUAUCAGCUUCAGUGCCACAAAGAAAACCAGAUCUCUUUAAUUAAACUAACAUCACUCCUCUGUCUCAGAUUCGUAUUCAUGGAUAUUCAAGCAGUGAACGUUUUUGACAUUUAUCAAAACCCAUGAAAUAUGUAUGUCUACUUCAGCCUGCGUGAAAACUUGGUCAACGUUGUAAACCUCACAAUGUAUCAGAAUUUAUACCUUGCCAGAGAUACUGAAUUAGUUACAGCUCUCAAUGGUGUUAGGUGAAAAACCUAAAUUUGCUUCCCAAAUG